AUGGCUGGUCUGAGUGACGCCGACCGUCAGCGUAUCGCUGCACUGUUCUCGGAGCUCGAUGUAGACAAAGAUGGUCGGGUUAGCGUAGCUGAAUUGACUCGAGUGAUUAGGGGUGCUUCAGAAAGUGAGAAGCAUCACGAAGAGACAGCAAAGCGCAUCAUUUCACGAGGCACGAAGAAUGAGGCAAAUCGAUCCACAUUAACUUUUAAUGAAUUUUUGGCCUACAUCAAGGAUACUGAGACCCAGCUGCGGUUGGCUUUCCGACAACUGGAUCGCAAUCAGGACUCCGUGGUGGAUGCCGAGGAGAUCCGUUCGGCGAUGAAAGAUCUUGGUGUACACAUUUCUUUGGACGAUGCGAAAAAGCUUCUAGGUCGCAUGGAUAAAGACGGCUCGUUGAAUAUUGAUUUCGAAGAAUGGCGGAACUUUUUGUUGUUCAGUGGGACCUCACGUAUCGAUGAAAUAUUUCAAUAUUGGAAACGGGCCUCGGCUAUCGAUAUUGGUGAGGACAUGCUCGUGCCGGAUGAUUUUACUGAGGAGGAAAAGAAAUCUGGGCAGGCAUGGAAAACUCUUGUUGCUGGUGGUGAGUUAAUUUUCCACAUUAUUUGA